UCCAUCUCCUGGUCCUCUCCUCCACUUUCUUAUAUAUCUUCUUCUCCACUUCUCUCCCUGGUGUGCUUGACCCUCAAGAAUUGUUGCAGCAAAUUGGAGGCCUCCACAAUAUCUAAUACUUUCUGUCAUGGAAGAUUCUGAUCUCGUGGCGAUUGCUUCAUCAACAGGCGAUCAGGACUCCAAGAGUUGUCCUCGCGGUCACUGGAGGCCCGCCGAGGAUGAAAAACUCCGGCAGCUUGUCGAACAGUAUGGAGCGCAGAACUGGAAUUCAAUUGCUGAGAAGCUCCAAGGAAGAUCAGGGAAAAGUUGCAGAUUAAGGUGGUUUAAUCAGCUUGACCCUAGGAUUAACAGGAGGCCAUUCACUGAAGAAGAGGAAGAAAGGUUAUUGGCAGCCCAUCGCAUUCAUGGGAACAAGUGGGCACUGAUAGCGAGGCUUUUUCCUGGUCGAACUGAUAACGCUGUGAAGAAUCACUGGCAUGUUAUUAUGGCACGAAAGCAAAGAGAGCAAUCCAAGCAGUUAAGUGGCAAGAGAGUCUUCCAAGAUGUUUACAAUGAUUCUUCCAGUGACACUUUCUCUUCUACUAAAAGAUCGAAAUCGCAAGAUAUCUUUGGUUCCCAAACGCUCUUUGACUUCCGGAACAUCGAUAAGAGUAGAAUCAUUGCAGAAUAUUCUCCCUCCAUCUCUUUGGCUUCUUGGAAUUUCGCAUCCAUGGCGAAACAAGGGAAAGAUAAUAAUUACUUCAACCCCUGCUUUAACAUCUACUUCUCAGAAUGUUCAAAAGGGUCGGAUAGUUAUCUUUACAGAAUUUAUCCAAAUUCCGCAUCAUCACACGGCAGCAUUCUACAAAACUACCGGAAGGUUGUUCCAGGUCGUUGCAGAUCAGUCUUAGGUUGUGAUGGUGAUGAUGAGAAACAUAGGACAAUAAAUAAUAGGGACUUGACGAAUCUAUGCGAUAUCUCACCCACAUUCGCAAAGGAGAGAGCUUCUCCGGAACAAGAGCAAGCAGAUGAUCUCAAAGAAGUUCCCUUCAUUGAUUUUCUGGGCGUGGGUGUGUCAUCGUCGUGACAACAAGUGAAGUAUUUAUUUAACUUCAUAUUAUACGUAUGACUAGUUUAGCUCACUAGCUAGCCUUCGUAUCUACAAUAUGAAGCAGUUAGCAUCAGGAGUCUCUUAAAAUAUAUAGAUACAGGUAAAUUAUGCGCAUGUGGUUGUGUUGGCUUUUCAAUAUAUUGAGUAUGGCAGGUUGGUCAUAUAUAGUUUCCUUUCGGUUUUGUAAUUAGAGUGAACGAGAAUCGAGCUUUUUGGUAUGCAAGAUAUAUUGAUCUUUUAUACUUUCCAUUUUAA